AUGGCUAACUUGCGUACUCAAAAGAGACUCGCCGCUUCUGUCAUCGGUGCUGGUAAGAGAAAGGUCUGGUUAGACCCUAACGAAACCUCUGAGUUGGCUCAAGCUAACUCCAGAAACGCCAUCAGAAAAUUGGUUAAGAAUGGUACCAUUGUGAAGAAGGCCGUCUUGGUGCACUCCAGAUCUAGAACUAGAAGAUACGCUGCUUCUAAGAGAAGUGGUCGUCACACCGGUUACGGUAAGAGAAAGGGUACCAAGGAAGCUCGUUUGCCCUCUAAGGUCGUCUGGAUCAGAAGAUUGCGUGUUUUGAGAAGACUAUUGUCAAAAUACCGUGACGCUGGUAAGAUCGACAGACACUUGUACCACGUCUUGUACCACGAAGCCAAGGGUAACACCUUCAAGCACAAGAGAGCUUUGGUCGAACACAUCAUUCAAGCUAAGGCUGAUGCUCAACGUGAAAAGGCUUUGAAGGAAGAAGCCGACGCUAGAAGAUUGAAGAACAGAGCCGCCCGUGAGAGAAGAUCCCAAAGAGUCGCUGAAAAGAGAGAAGCUUUGUUGAGAGACGACUAA